CAAAAUGGAGUUGAUCCUGAACAAGGUAAACAGGAUAGUAGGUCUUUCUGGGAGAAAAGGAAAUUUUUUGCAAGGCAGGAGGAAUCAUUUCAUGAUGGGCUCACUUUCAAAAGGAGAAAUGUGGUUAAAAUCAAAUGGGAGGGAGAAAAGGAGAAAUCACCAGGUAGCCGCUAUGUGUGUAAAAACUUAAUCAAACAAUCAAUGGGAUUUACUCCUGCAGAUGUUUUUGCUUUUGUAAAUGUGUCAGAUAUUGAUUUUGAAAUAAGUUUCAAGUUGUCUCAAGGUUUAGACAGAUUUUGGAAUUUAUAUCAAGAUAAAAAGACAUCCUCAGCAUGGGAAGGCUUCAGGGCGAGUCCAGUCUCAAAACCAGAAGUAAAAACAGUAACAAUCUUUUUUAAGAAUGAGUCUGUCCCUCCUGCUGAUGUGUUAGUCUGGUUAAAGAGACAAUGCAAUGUUUUGAUGCCUUUAAAACCUGUAUAUAAUGAGGAAGGAUUUUGGGUGGUGGGUUGGAAGACUCAAGUGAGGCUAAAUGUGCAAAACAACAUGACACAGCAUCUCCCAAAUUCAUUUUUUAUAGGCAGAGAAAGGGGUGUUUGCUUUUAUCCAGGGCAGCCUCGUCAAUGUUAUAAGUGUGGAUCAAGGAGGCAUUUGGCAGGAGACUGUACAAUAAAGAUGUGCACAUUGUGUGGGGCCCAGGGGCAUGUCAACAAAGACUGCGAGAAUGUGAGGUGUAACCUGUGUGCGGAACUGGGUCAUACACACCGUGAUUGUCCUAAUGCCUGCCACAAUAUUGUUAAACUUUGCCCAAGAAUAGAGGAGGAAAUAUUUCAGGAAGAUGUAACAGAAGAAAGGCGGGAGGAGGAAGGGAACAAUGAGGUUGCCCCCUGUCAAAGUAAAGAAAACCAAAAGGCAGAAAGUACUGUUACAUCAGUGCAGGGAAGGGGGGAUGACUGGAAGGUGGCAGGAAAAAAGGCAGGAAAAAAAGCAGGUAAAAUGAUCUUAGAAAGUGAAAUCAAAACUUCAAACAGAUUUGAAUUGCCCUCAGGAAAGUCAUGGGGGGAUUUGGCAGAGGAGGAAGAGGAAUUGAGAAGGAUUGGUGAAGAGAAAAAAAGGGAUGAAGGGAACAAAAAGGAGGUAAAAAAGAGAGUCAAGGAAAGGUCAAUUAAAAAGAAUGUGGUACCCCCCAGCAGUGGUUUGGGCAAAAGAAAGAAAGAUUCUGUAUUAGAAUCUGAGGGUCCAUCAAAUGUGGAAAAAGGAAUUGUGGAGGAGCAAGGGAAGAAAAGGAAAGGAAGGAUAGAUAGUGAGGAAGAGUGGGAGUCCAUUGAUGAGGAGGAUCUCCUGGUGGAGGGGGAGUCGUUGGGUGGCAUGGGGAAACCCCAGUAUAAAAGACAUGCAGAACACAAUCCUGUGCGAACAACUAACUCUCCAAGAUGCCUGAACAAAUAAUUAAAUUUAGUACUAUAAAUGUGUGUAGUAUUAAAAAUGUUAAAAAAAGACGGGAAGUGUUUAGUAACUUGGAGAAAGAAGAAAAUGACAUUUAUUUUUUGCAAGAAACAAGACUAACAAAUAAGAUAGAGAUUUUUAAUGCAAAAAGGGACUGGCAAUUGAAAGAAAUAAAUAUUAAUAAAGAAAACAAUAAAUUGUGGAGGGGGAUAGAUUUUUCAUCGGAAAAAACUAUGGAUUUUUGAAUAUCUAUCUGUUGUAUGUUUUGAUUUGUUUGUUAUGACAUUUUGAUUUUGUUUAUUGUUAUUGUUCAUAUUUUUAAUAAAAAUCCCU